AUGCCGGUUGACAAAGCCUUCAUUCUGAGCCAGCAGCCGUUCAGUUUCCUCGCCUUCUUCAGCCGAUGGUUGCGGGCGUUUACAGCCAGGCUCUCGGGGAGGCAGAGCUACCGACCCCUAGCGGAACCGGAAUCCACGCAGGAACACCCAAUUUCAGUGGUCUGCAUAUCCGACACACAUAACUGGCAGCCAGAACUGCCAGAUGGCGACAUCCUCCUACAUGCCGGUGAUUUGACCGUUAACGGCACAUUUGAAGAGCUCCAGGCUCAGCUUACAUGGCUAUCUGCCCAACCGCACACAUAUAAAAUUCUUGUCGCCGGCGAACACGAUGUCCUUUUGGACCCUCCCUUUGCGCAGCGCAAUCCGGACAGGUAUCCUUCCGUGCCAGGGCGAACUGUCUGUGACCUGAACUUCGGCAGCGUCAUCUAUCUCCGAGACUCCUCCGUCACACUACAGUUUCCAGAGCACGGGAAUGGACACGAAGUCGCAAUUUACGGCUCACCAUCUAUUUCUUCCAGCUCGCGUGUCGGAGCAUUUCACGUUCCCCGGGGCACGGAUGUAUGGACAAGAGCAGUACCAGAAGGAACAGACGUCUUGUUGACCCACGAACCGCCGUCAAAACAUCUGGACGGUGACUUCCAGAGCGGCUGUGCUUUCUUAGGCCUGGAGAUUGAACGAGUAAAACCUCGUCUUGUAGUAUUCGGCCACGUUCAUGACGGAUACGGCGUAAAAACCACCAACUUCGAAGAGAAAGUCGUCCCAGUCGAGAAAGAGGCGACUAACCGCCAGCGAAAGGGCUGGGGGCCACUUCUCAGGGCCACAUGGGAACACGCUGGCCAUCUAAUUGAAUAUAUCUUCCCGGCAGUAGCUUCUUCACCAACCCCAGAAGUCGAACAGCCCAAGCCUGCCGUUACCACCUUCGUCAACGCCUGUCUUAUAGGCGACCUCCUUGACGGAAACGAUAACAUUAAUGAGCCGAUAGUGACCCAUAUCUGACCUUUGUUUUCUUCGUUUAUGCGAUACAUAUAUACCUCUUUUAUUUCCUAUUUUCACCUGUUCUGGAGUCUGGGAGCCUGGUGUCGGCAAUAGGGACUAACACUGGCGUUUGAUCAUAUAUCGCCUUAUCUUUACUAUUUUUUUUUUGGCAACACUUUGAUGUUUUCCAGAACUAAACUACUACUAUCUCGGGUCGUGCAUAGCCUUUUCCCUGUUGUACAUUUAGCGCCCAAAAAGAUACCUCUUGACGAGUUGAGCUGGAACGGAGCAUCUUUAUCCUCAAAAAUUUUCCUUCCUUUCUUUUUUCGUACUACUGAAUAGGCUGGACUUGAUAUAGGGCUGUCUUUUUUACGGAGUCUAUAUUUGCUGAUAUUUCCCGCUGCUCUUGCACAUGACUACAAUCGUAGUUCUAACUUUGUGGUUUAAAACCAGGGUUUGAAUAUCUCUGGCCUAGGAAAGUUAGAUUCAGAGUAAGGUCUUGUUGUUCCCUCUAUUUCAAGUGGCCAUAGAGAUUCACCAACCUCGGUAUUUGGUUCUAACUCUGCCCAGUAGAAAAAUUGCCAUCUAAUGAGUAAUGGCCAACACUAAGUCAGCUAGUCCCGAUAUAUAUUUGGUUCUCAGAGUCCAUCCUAUGGAGACAUGAGGCUUCGUAUCAAUACAGCAAGGGAAAUGCAUGCCCAUAAAAAGUCAACAAAAUGAGAAAAUAGUAUACCAAAAACAAGCCUGGUAAAAAGAACAUGAAGAAUCAAGCUGUAUAAGAAGAAACCAACGCCAUUGAAACAUAAUUAUGGUGUUUACAUGUAUAAUAUAUCCACGAAAAAAAGAAGAAACAGCAGCUAGAGAAAACAGAAAGAGGAAAGUAAGGGAGAAGUAGACUUGGAUGUAGACAACAAAAGGGGAAUCACUCAUGCAGUCGAAACAAUACAAGCCGUACUGAGCGAACCGGUGGAAGAAAUGAAAUGCAUGUCUAUUAAUGUUGAAGAAUGGGGGGGGGG